UGUCUUUUUGUGGUGGGGAAAUCGUCAUUUAAAGGGCAAGUCAGUUCUUCUGAAGCAGCCUGGUAUGCCAUGUCUCCAGAUCUGAGGUGUGGUGAUGAUCUUAUGAAGUUGCAGCUCAGUGGUCCUGAAGUAGCACAAAUUGAGCUUUGUCGGGGUAAUGGGGCAGCUGUUCCCCUCAGUGAGUUGCCGCCUAACUGUGGAUCUACCAUACCCACUUAUGGUGGUCUUAUCUAUGCUACCCCCUAUGAUGGAUGUGGCGUUGCACAACAGGGAGGGAGUUAUGUGAUGCAGAUGCAAUGGCAGGGAAACCGUGCAGUCAUUUCUUGUCCUAUGACCUCUACAACUGCAAACGACACUUUUCUAGGACCUCAUGAUCCUUCAUAUCAGCAGAUUCUGCUGCCUCCCCUUUAUCCUGAUGAAUUUAAUCUACAAAUAAGUACAAUGCCAGAACUAUCUGCAGCUCUCAAACCGCCAUUUUACGGCUACCCUGAAGAGUUUCAGCAAGGGUUUUGGCCUUACAACUACCCUCGUUACCAAUAUUCUGGCAAGGGUUAUCCCACAGCUGAGCCAGCAGGGCAAUCUCCAUCAGAUGCCCAAGUGCCAACCCAGAAACCUCAGUUUCCAAAGCACCCCCCUAUGAUGUGGCCAUAUCCCUACUCCCAUUAUCCUGGCAAGGGUUAUCCCACAGAUAAGCCAGCAGGGCAAUCUCCAGCAGAUGGCCAAGUGCCAACCCAGAAGCCUCAGUUUCCAAAGCACCCCCAGAUGAUGUGGCCAUAUCCAUAUUCCCAUUAUCCUGGCAAGGGUUAUCCCACAGCUGAGCCAGCAGGGCAGUCUCCAUCAGAUGGCCAAGUGCCAACCCAGAAACCUCAGUUUCCAAAGCACCCCCAUAUGAUGUGGCCAUAUCCCUACUCCCAUUAUCCUGGCAAGGGUUAUCCCACAGCUGAGCCAGCAGGGCAAUCUCCAUCAGAUGCCCAAGUGCCAACCCAGAAACCUCAGUUUCCGAAGUACCCCCAUAUGAUGUGGCCAUAUCCCUACUCCCAUUAUCCUGGCAAGGGUUAUCCCACAGCUGAGCCAGCAGGGCAAUCUCCAUCAGAUGGCCAAGUGCCAACCCAGAAACCUCAGUUUCCAAAGCACCCCCAUAUGAUGUGGCCAUAUCCCUACUCCCAUUAUCCUGGCAAGGGUUAUCCCACAGCUGAGCCAGCAGGGCAAUCUCCAUCAGAUGGCCAAGUGCCAACCCAGAAACCUCAAUUUCCGAAGCACCCCCCUAUGAUGUGGCCAUAUCCCACAGCUAAGCCAGCAGGGCAAUCUCCAUCAGAUGGCCAAGUGCCAACCCAGAAACCUCAGUUUCCGAAGUACCCCCAUAUGAUGUGGCCAUAUCCCACAGCUAAGCCAGCAGGGCAAUCUCCAUCAGAUGGCCAAGUGCCAACCCAGAAACCUCAGUUUCCAAGGCAACCCCAUAUGUGGCCAUAUUACUACAGUGACUAUCAUGGCAAACCAAAUACUACUGUGAAACCAGCUCCAGCCAUCCCCACUCCUCUCCCACCAGAUUCGCCAGCAAUAAACCAGAAACCGCAACCCCCAGUGUACCCUGGAAGUCUAUUCCCUCAGCAUAGCCAUUACCCAAAUUUCCCAGAUUAUUUGCAGCAAUUUUAUCCACAAUACCCAGUGCAACCUCAGAAAACCCCUACCGCACCACCUAUAACCACCACUCCUCAACCCUGUACUACAACUGCAGCAGCUGAAUGCAAACCUUCUGCCAACCAGCCUCCCAAAGAGCCACCCCAAUACUAUAAACCACCCAGUUAUAUGCAUUAUGAAAAAGACCCAUUCGCACUUAAAUUUGUGGAUUUUUCAGAAUCUGAUAGGAAAUCUUUCCCACGAAAUUGAGGACCGAGGACAGUAGAAUUAGGUGGGUUAUGUCUUCCAUGUGGCUUUGAAAAAGAUUGCCUCCUAAUGUUAAUAUAGGCUGUGUAUGGGGCGACUGUAAAGUGACUCCUGCUCAUUUGUUUUGUCCUUGUUCUCUCAAAUGAUUCAAUAAAUCAAAUGGUCAGACA